GCGUACCAUACCUGCUGUAAGUUUCUCAAGAAUCAAGACCAACACUGACCGCUCACCCACAUCAACCUCCAAAAGUCACAAAAAAGUGCUGCAGCCAAAAAACUGCAGAGAUCCACUCCCACACUGCAACAACAGCAAAGCUCGAUCACCAAGAAGACACCAAGAUGCCUGAAGCAAUCGCAACCACCUCCGCCUCAUCAUUAAGUUUGGGACAGCUAUUGAAUGCCCGACAGAACCUGACAACAAUUGACAAGGCUCUGAGCCAGAUUCAGCAACUAUUGGAACAGAAAGAGUCCCUGGAAGCUGAGAUUGUGGCCCUGAAGCGUGAAAAGUCCAAACUUACUUACGAGGUAGUGUCAUUGCGGAAUGAGUGUGACGAUGACAGUUCCAGAAAGGCCAGUAGCUUGCCUGAUCUAGGGAUUGCCUUUGGUGGCGACGACGACAGUUCCAGCUAUGACAGUGACGACAGCGACGAAGAGAUGACCAACAGUGAGCGCAAGGCCAAGGCCCCAGAACACUUUAUUUGCCCGCUGACGCUCGAAAUCAUGAAGCAUCCAAUGCAGCAGAAAGGUACCCAGAACAACUACGAAAGAGGCGCCAUUUUGGAGUGGAUAUAUUUUGGAAAGGCCACCUGUCCCAUGACCCGCAGAGUGCUACAUCCAGGCGACUUUGUUGAGAAUACAGUCCUGGAGCGUGAGAUUGAAAGUUGGCGAGAGAAGUAUGGUGUUUUGGACGAAUCUGCCGACGACGACGAAGACAACGGUGACCCCAUACCUACUCUGACACCCGAAGAGGAAGAGAUGCAACAGCAACGGUUGCAAGUUGUCCAGGUUAAACGCGUGGGAUCCCAUAACGAAUUGAUGGGCCUUCGGGAUCGCGUCCUCCGAAAGCAAGCUGCCCGAGCCCGUCGCCGCAUGUCGACUCAUGGAGGACUGCGUGUAUAGAUUGGAUCCACCACAACACAAGGUGAGAUCUCACAACAAGCGCACAGCUGGCAAAGAAAGAAUUGGUCGACAUUUUAGCGAAAAAUUUGCAUUGCACAACAAGAACAAUGGUACCCUAUGCACUCAAUCCUGGCUGCUGGUGAUGCGGAGGGGAGCUCUGCUUCCAAUCUCGUGCUACGAUACCCCUUCGCUCUGCUUCCAAUCUCGUGCUACGAUACCCCUUCACGGUACCAGUUUAGAUAACAAACAAAACAAAACAAAACAACACAAUAG